AUGGCCCCCAAGGACUCGAAGAAAGGCGGUGCCUCCAAGGCGCCUAAGGGCUCCAAGCAGGCCAACAACGCUGCCAAGGCUGCCCUGAAGGGUGCCCACGGUCACUACAAGAACAAGGUCCGCUACACCACCUCGUUCCACCGCCCCAAGACCCUCGUCGUCUCGCGCGCUCCCAAGUACCCCCGCAAGUCGAUCCCCCACGAGCCCCGCCUCGACGAGCACAAGAUCAUCGUCCACCCCCUCAACACCGAGUCCGCCAUGAAGAAGAUUGAGGAGAACAACACCCUCGUCUUCAUCGUCGACGUCAAGUCCAACAAGGCCCAGAUCAAGCAGGCCCUCAAGAAACUUUACGACAUCGACACCGUCAAGAUCAACACCCUGAUCCGCCCCGACGGCUCCAAGAAGGCCUAUGCCCGCCUCACCCCCGAUGUCGAUGCUCUUGACAUCGCCGCCACCAAGCUGGCUCUCGUCUAG